UCAGGGAGUAGAAAGUGCCUACGUGCCCAUCAAAAGCUAGUAUCAGCAAUCUCCUUGGGUAAAUGUAUGUAAAGAUUAAAAGGCAAUUCCUCACUAUACUCCCCACAAUUUACCAGGAUUCCUUUGUCUCCCUAUCAUUUCCAGGCAUGCUAUCCAGACCUACCCACUGCCAAAGAGGCAGGAAUGGAAAAGCUUUUCCAGGCUUUGCGUUGUCACUUUUUCAGGGAGCUCGCCAUGGGAGCUAUGUCUUCUAACGCCUGGUCCUACACUAUCACAUCCACAUAACUCCAGCAGCCAAGUGACCAACACUCAGUUAUAUACAUCUAUUGUUGCUGCAGUUAUUAAGUUUGAAAACACAUGAAGGAAAAGUUUGGCAGCUCUCACAUGCAAAAAGCUGAAUAUGCCUUUAAUAAAGCUUUUCUCUCUGUUCUGCUUUUCAAUCUCAGAAGAUUCAAACCUACCUUUUCUCACCUCUCUCUUUCUCCCCUGCCUUCAUUUCUAGAUUUCACGAUUUACUAACAGGAGUCAGCAUCCCAUUUAAAAUAUGGCCUAUUCUAUGUAAUAUGAUAUUAAUUUAUGCAGAGCAGAAUAGCACUGAGCCAUUUCUCCUGCAAAAUGACUAAAGCCAUCCACACCAACCCCCCCAAGCAAAUAAACAAGCUCGCCUAACAAUGCGAGAGGUUGCAGAUUUUCCUUUCCUAGUUGCCAUGCCAACCACUCAUUGCUCUGGCUGCCAUUUCCCUGAGCUCCGCAGAGAGAGGAGUGUGCAGAACAGUUAUUUAGCAUUCAAGGGUGGAUCUGCAGAAAACCACACAGCCUCACUGCGAAGCAUCUGGGCCUGGUGGCACCGAUGGAUGAGGACAGAAAAUGGGGAUCUUUUCAGUGUUUUCCUUCUAAAGGUUAGGCAUCUGGGGCUAGAAAGAGUAAGAAAGAACAAGGAUUGAUAGAAAAGGCAGUUCCACGAGAGGAGGUGUCUGCAAGGAUAGUUCAAGUAGUCACUGCUGAGGCUGUAGCAGUCCUGAAAGGUGAACAAGAGAAAGAAGCUCAGCAUAAAGACCAGACUGCAGCUCUGCCUUUAGCAGCUGAAGAAACAGCUAAUCUGCCUCCUUCUCCACCCCCAUCACCUGCCUCAGAACAGACUGUCACAGUGGAGGAAGAAGAAGAAACGCUAGAGAGUCGGAUGGCUGAGGAAGAGAAACCUGCUGCUCUUCCUGAGAAAGAGUGUGGGGCUGCUAAGUCCUCAGACCAACCCAAAGGCCUCAGUAAGGGCCAAAUGGAGUCUAGUGCGGAGGCCCAAAUAGUUCCCGAAGAGAGUGCCCCGGCAGGGGCCCCACAUGAGAAAAGUGUAAAAGAGGUCAAGGAGGUGUCUCCAGAAGUAAAAACCCCUUCCUCUGCUGGGGAAGAUUUACUUACAGCCUCGAAGAUGGAGUUCCAUGAUCAGCAGGAAUUGACUCCCUCUGCAGCUGAGCCUUUAGACAUGAAGGAAGCGGAGUCAGAGAAGCAAAGUAAGCCUGGUGAAGACUUUAAACAUGCUGCCUUAGUUUCUCAGCCAGAGACAACUAAAACUUACCCUGAUAAAAAGGACAUGCAAGGCACAGAAGAAGAAAAAGCACCCCCAGCUUUGUUUGGGCACACUCUUAUUGCCAGCCUGGAAGACAUGAAACAGAAGACAGAGCCAAGCCUUGUAGUACCUGGCAUUGACCUCCCUAAAGAGCCUCCAACUCCAAAAGAACAAAAGGACUGGUUCAUCGAAAUGCCAAUGGAAGCAAAAAAGGAUGAGUGGGGUUUAGUUGCUCCAAUAUCUCCUGGCCCUCUGACUCCCAUGAGGGAAAAAGACGUAUUUGAUGAUAUCCCAAAAUGGGAAGGGAAACAAUUUGAUUCUCCCAUGCCAAGUCCCUUUCAAGGUGGAAGCUUCACUCUUCCUUUAGAUGUCAUGAAGAAUGAAAUAGUUACAGACACAUCACCCUUCACCCCUGCCUUUUUACAGCCAGAUGACAAAAAAUCUCUGCAACAAACCAGUGGCCCAGCUACUGCCAAAGAUGGUUUUAACAUUGAAGAGCCCUAUGAGGAUAAACCUGACAAAACGGCAGAAGCACCACCCUCGGAGGCAAUGACCUUAUGCAAAGAUGCUCACAUUCCAGUUGUAGAAGAACAUGUUACAGGGAAAGUUUUAGAGGAAGAAAAGGAGGCCAUAAAUCAAGAGACUGUACAGCAGAAAGAUACUUUCAUCCCCAGUGGACAGGAACCUAUACUUACUGAAAAGGAACUUGAGCUGAAGCUUGAAGAAAAAACCACCAUUUCUGACAAAGAAGCUGUGCCGAAAGAGAGUAAACCCCCAAAACCUGCAGAUGAAGAAGCAGGCAUAAUUCAGACCUCCACAGAGCAUAUUUUCUCAGAACAGAAAGACCAAGAGCCUACCACAGAUAUGUCGAAACAGGACUUGUUCCCUGUAAGUUUGGAGCAAGCAGUUACAGAUUCAGCCAUGACCUCUAAAACACUGGAGAAAGCCAUGACCGAACCAUCUGCAUUAAUUGAAAAGAGCUCAAUUCAGGAACUUUUUGAAAUGAGAGUUGAUGACAAAGAUAAGAUUGAAGGGGUUGGAGCUGCAACAUCAGCUGAGCUUGACAUGCCAUUUUAUGAAGAUAAAUCAGGAAUGUCCAAGUACUUUGAAACAUCUGCCUUGAAGGAAGAAGCAACAAAAAGCAUUGAGCCAGGCAGUGAUUACUAUGAACUGAGUGACACUAGAGAAAGUGUCCAUGAGUCUAUUGAUACCAUGUCUCCCAUGCAUAAAAAUGGUGACAAGGAGUUUCAAACAGGAAAAGAACCCCAGCCCAGUCCUCCAGCACAAGAAACAGGGUACAGCACUCUCGCACAGGGUUAUCCAUCUGAUUUACCUGAAGAACCCAGUUCUCCUCAAGAAAGAAUGUUCACUAUUGAUCCAAAAGUGUAUGGAGAGAAAAGGGACCUCCACAGUAAGAAUAAGGACGAUUUGACCCUCAGCAGGAGUUUAGGACUUGGUGGUAGGUCUGCAAUAGAACAAAGAAGCAUGUCAAUCAAUUUGCCUAUGUCUUGCCUAGAUUCCAUAGCCCUUGGAUUUAACUUUGGUCGGGGACAUGAUCUUUCUCCUCUGGCUUCCGAUAUUCUAACCAACACUAGUGGAAGUAUGGAUGAAGGGGAUGAUUACCUUCCAGCCACCACACCUGCACUAGAGAAAGCCCCUUGCUUCCCUGUAGAAAGCAAAGAGGAGGAACAGAUAGAGAAAAUAAAACCUACCGGGGAAGAAAGUACUCAAGUGGAGACAUCAUGUGAGUCUCCUUUCCUAGCCAAAGAUUUUUACAAAAAUGGUACUGUCAUGGCACCGGACCUGCCUGAAAUGCUAGAUCUGGCAGGCACAAGGUCGAGACUGGCUUCUGUGAGUGCAGAUGCUGAGGUUGCCAGGAGGAAAUCAGUCCCAUCAGAGACUGUGGUUGAGGAUAGUCGUACUGGUUUGCCCCCGGUAACUGAUGAAAACCAUGUCAUUGUAAAAACGGACAGUCAGCUCGAAGACCUGGGCUACUGUGUGUUCAAUAAAUACACAGUCCCAUUGCCGUCACCUGUUCAAGACAGUGAGAAUUUAUCAGGGGAGAGUGGUUCCUUUUAUGAAGGUACUGAUGAUAAAGUUCGAAGAGAUUUGGCCACAGACCUUUCAUUGAUUGAAGUGAAACUGGCAGCAGCCGGAAGAGUCAAAGAUGAGUUCAGUGUUGACAAAGAAGCAUCCGCGCAUAUCUCUGGUGACAAAUCAGGACUGGGUAAGGAGUUUGACCAAGAGAAGAAAGCUAAUGAUAGGUUGGAUACUGUAAUAGAAAAGAGUGAAGAACAUGCUGAUUCAAAAGAACAUGCCAAGAAAACUGAAGAGGCUGGUGAUGAAGUAGAAACAUUCGGAUUAGGACUAACCUAUGAGCAAGCUUUGGCCAAAGAUUUGUCAAUGCCAACAGAUGCAUCCUCUGAGAAAGCGGAGAAGGGUCUUAGUUCAGUGCUAGAGGUAGCUGAGGUAGAAUCAUCCAAAAAGGUGGAACAAGGUCUGGAUUUUGCUGUCCAGGGUCAACUAGAUGUUAAAAUUAGUGACUUUGGACAGAUGGCUUCAGGGCUAAACAUAGAUGAUAGAAGGACAACAGAGCUAAAACUUGAGGCUACACAGGACAUGACCCCCUCAUCCAAAGCACCGCAGGAGGUAGAUGCAUUUAUGGGUGUCGAGUCUGGCCACAUGAAAGAAGGCAUCAAAGUUAGUGAGACAGAAGUCAAAGAGAAGGUGGCCAAGCCUGACUUGGUGCACCAGGAGGCUGUAGACAAGGAGGAGUCCUAUGAGUCUAGUGGUGAGCAUGAAAGUCUCACCAUGGAGUCCUUGAAAGCUGAUGAGGGCAAGAAGGAAACAUCUCCAGAAUCAUCUCUAAUUCAAGAUGAGAUUGCCGUCAAACUGUCAGUGGAAAUACCUUGCCCACCUGCUCUUUCAGAGGCUGAUUUAGCCACAGAUGAGAGAGCUGAUGUCCAGAUGGAAUUUAUUCAGGGGCCAAAAGAAGAAAGCAAAGAGACCCCAGAUAUAUCCAUCACGCCUUCUGAUGUUGCAGAGCCAUUGCAUGAAGCAAUCAUAUCUGAACCAGCAGAGAUUCAGAGUGAGGAAGAAGAGAUAGAAGCCCAGGGAGAAUAUGAUAAACUGCUCUUCCGCUCAGACACCCUUCAGAUUACUGACCUGGGUGUCUCAGGUGCCAGGGAGGAAUUUGUGGAGACCUGCCCAGGUGAACACAAAGGAGUGAUUGAGUCUGUUGUGACCAUCGAGGAUGAUUUCAUCACUGUAGUGCAAACCACAACUGAUGAAGGGGAGUCAGGGUCCCACAGCGUGCGUUUUGCAGCACUAGAGCAGCCUGAGGUGGAAAGGAGACCAUCUCCUCAUGACGAAGAAGAGUUUGAAGUGGAAGAGGCAGCUGAAGCCCAGGCAGAACCCAAAGAUGGUUCCCCAGAGGCUCCAGCUUCCCCUGAGAGAGAAGAGGUUGCAUUUUCUGAAUAUAAGACAGAAACCUAUGACGAUUACAAAGAUGAGACCACCAUUGACGACUCCAUCAUGGACGCUGACAGCCUCUGGGUGGACACUCAAGAUGAUGAUAGGAGCAUCAUGACAGAACAGUUAGAAACUAUUCCUAAAGAGGAGAAAGCUGAAAAGGAAGCUCGGAGAUCAUCUCUUGAGAAACAUAGAAAAGAAAAGCCUUUUAAAACCGGGAGAGGCAGAAUUUCCACUCCUGAAAGAAAAGUAGCUAAAAAGGAACCUAGCACAGUCUCCAGAGAUGAAGUGAGAAGGAAAAAAGCAGUUUAUAAGAAGGCUGAACUUGCUAAAAAAACAGAAGUUCAGGCCCACUCUCCCUCCAGGAAAUUCAUUUUAAAACCUGCUAUCAAAUAUACUAGACCAACUCAUCUCUCCUGUGUUAAGCGGAAAACCACAGCAGCAGGUGGGGAAUCAGCUCUGGCUCCCAGUGUAUUUAAACAGGCAAAGGACAAAGUCUCUAAUUCUACCUUGUCAAAGAUUCCUGCUUUACAGGGUAGCACAAAGUCCCCAAGAUACAGCUCAGCCUGCCCUAGCACGACUAAAAGGGCUACAUUUUCUGACAGUUUAUUAAUGCAGCCCACCUCAGCAGGCUCCACAGACCGUUUGCCAUACUCAAAAUCAGGGAACAAGGAUGGAGUAACCAAGAGCCCAGAAAAGCGCUCUUCUCUCCCAAGACCUUCCUCCAUUCUUCCUCCUCGCCGAGGUGUAUCAGGAGACAGAGAUGAGAACUCCUUCUCUCUCAACAGUUCUAUCUCUUCUUCAGCACGGCGGACCACCAGGUCAGAGCCGAUUCGCAGAGCAGGAAAAAGUGGUACCUCAACACCCACUACCCCUGGGUCUACUGCCAUCACUCCUGGCACCCCACCAAGUUAUUCUUCACGCACACCAGGCACUCCUGGAACCCCUAGCUAUCCCAGGACCCCUCACACACCAGGAACGCCCAAGUCUGCCAUCUUGGUGCCGAGUGAGAAGAAGGUCGCCAUCAUACGUACUCCUCCAAAAUCUCCUGCGACUCCCAAACAGCUUCGGCUUAUAAACCAACCACUGCCAGACCUGAAGAAUGUCAAAUCCAAAAUCGGAUCAACGGACAACAUCAAAUACCAGCCUAAAGGGGGGCAGGUUAGGAUUUUAAACAAGAAGAUCGAUUUUAGCAAAGUUCAGUCCAGAUGUGGUUCCAAGGAUAACAUCAAACAUUCGGCUGGGGGCGGAAAUGUACAAAUUGUUACCAAGAAAAUAGACCUAAGCCAUGUGACAUCCAAAUGUGGCUCUCUGAAGAACAUCCGCCACAGGCCAGGUGGUGGACGUGUGAAAAUUGAGAGUGUAAAACUAGAUUUCAAAGAAAAGGCCCAAGCUAAAGUCGGUUCUCUUGAUAAUGCUCAUCAUGUACCUGGAGGUGGUAACGUCAAGAUUGACAGCCAAAAGUUGAACUUCAGAGAGCAUGCUAAAGCCCGUGUGGACCAUGGGGCUGAGAUCAUUACACAGUCCCCAGGCAGAUCCAGCGUGGCAUCACCCCGACGACUCAGCAACGUCUCCUCGUCUGGAAGCAUCAACCUGCUUGAAUCUCCUCAGCUUGCCACUUUGGCUGAGGAUGUCACUGCUGCACUCGCUAAGCAGGGCUUGUGAAUAUUUCUCAUUUAGCAUUGAAAUAAUAAUAUUUAGGCAUGAGCUCUUGGCAGGAGUGGGCUCUGAGCAGGUGUUACAUUCAUUCUUUAUAAACCAUAAAAUAAAUAAUCUCAUCCCCAAACUGUAGUAAUUGUUACAAUUUUAUAUUUAAAAAAUGAAUAGUACAUGCAGAAAUUGACCUGAUUUCCAUUUGCAACAGGAAGACACUGGCUUUACAUGGGUUCAAUUGGACAAUUAUUUUUGCUCUGCUCUGUUUUGCAUGGAGUAUUAUUUUAAAAAUUGCAUUUUUACCUUUCAUGUGCCUGAAGGCUAUCCACUACAUUCUGAAGGCCUUGUUAAAUCCAAGCUGCUCAUUUCACUAUUCUGUUUCUGAGUGAGAAGAUAAAAACUGCCCAUUGUAACUUAUUUCAGGUUAAAUUAAACCAAGGAGUCUGAUUGCAGGAAGGGAAGAGCAUGUAAGAAAUAAGUUUUUUUAAAGUGUUAUUUUGUAUAAAUGGGAAGAAAGAUUCAAUUACGUUAUUAACAUUUGGGACCUGGAUAAUUAUAUCAGAGUAUGUCAAUCCAAUAAAUUAUUUAACUAAUUAAAAAAAUAGAUUGCAAAGCAUUUGAGCUGUGGUUGAGGAAGUGGUGUAAAAGUGCAUCCCUUAGGAAUGAUGCACUUUCAUUAGGAUGGACUCGUGUCUGAUUAGAAUGUCAGUUGAUCAGCUAGAUUUGUGUCCACACUACCAGUUUCACACCCCCUUUCCAUCUGUUUGAUACAGUAUUAUAGAUAUAAAUAUAUAUAUAUUUCUCUGUGGCCAUUUGUGAUACUUCCUCAUAUACUUGAAUAUUAUACUUCUUUAUUCACAGUAUCUGUGUCUCCUGCACCCUUUGGUGUUGCAAUUUUAGGUAUGUGAAAGUAGAUGUUAGCAGGGUUCUCUCCCUAUUUAAAAAAAAUACAUUAAAAAAGACAAAAAAUUUUAGCAUGAAGUUGCUUUCUGUAACAACUCAAAGCCGUAACCCUGUUUUAGUGCCAGAUUCAAGUCUCUCCCGUGAUGCUAGAAAAAAAUUAUUUUUCUUUGCUGUCACCAACAUGGAGUUUGUGGGGGUGGGUCCAGUUAUACAUGAAAGGGUUUACAGAUUGUUGGUUUAAGAUUAUGGAUUUAUCUCAUUUUUAAUCACAGGAUAGUUUGGCGUUUAUUCCUAUUAUUAUUCACAAAACGGACUUAAGAUGUUUUCUUUACUUUUCCUUUUUUUCCAUUUGCUAAAGUUGAAAGUUGAAACUAACAGUAAUAGUUUGAAACAUGUUUUCUCAUUUUUCCAAGUAGUAUCUGUUUAUUAAAUUCUCUAAUAGAAGAUGUUUGUCUUUCUUACCCAAAGUAAAGAUCCCCUGAUCCGAAAGAAAAAAAUACAAUACUUUGGGAAGCUAUAGCUAUAAAACACUUGAGACACAGAUAUCUAAAUCAGUUUUUUUCCAAGACUCCAACAUUGCACUCUGUAAAGUAACACAGUGUGAUCUAGUAUUAUUUAUCAGAGGUAAUACUGUUCUGACUGUAUAUACAGUCUAGAACUGACAAAUCAAUUAAUUCCUCUCACAAAUCAUUCAUCUUAGACUUACAAAUAAGCAAUGAAAUAGUCAAUGGCCUGAUUAAGACAAAGAGCUACCAGGCUGGAUGGACACUUUUUAGUAUUUUAUCUUUUCUUUUUCUUGCUCAGGGCUGGUAGGUUGGAUCUGAACCAUUAAAAUCAUAUGGUCCACUAGGCGUAUGAUCUCUUUGAGCCAAAUCAGUUCCUGAAUAUAAAGGAGGAAAUGAUGAGGAUGGACUGAGGCAACAGGGAAGUAUAGAAACAUCCAAGUCAAAAGCCAAGGGAUGCAGAAACAGAGACACAGGUGCUUUUUGGUGACCCAGUGGAUAUGGCAACCAAUGUAACUGCCAUACAAGAAACCCUAGGAGCAAACCCACACCACUCAUUCUCAGCUAAGAGAUUUUACACAGGCAAACAUGUCUUAAACCAUUUAUAAAUCAGUUAUUUUAUAUAAUAGUCAAAACCUUAGAAACCUUAGGAUCAUAGAUAUGUCUAUUUUCUGCCUAUUAAUUGCUGUGAGGUUUGAUUUGACCAAUCUGGGCAAUUUAUUCAUCAGCUUCCCUUGAAGUGCACCAGAAAAUGGAAGAAAGGUGUGUGGAGACUUAGGGUAUUUUAUUACAUGUUUUGAUAGUCUUAAAUAGUGAUUAAAUUUAUCUAGAAAGAAGUUAACAGCUCAUUAGAAAAGUUUUAACCUGUGAAAUAAGUAUUUUUCUCAACAUUCUUUAAAGUUUUUAUGUAAGUUAACACUAGGUAAACAUUCUACAUACUAAAAGUCAGUUUAUUACAAAUACAUAUCAAAAAUAAAGAUUAUACAAGGCACCAAACUACUAGAUUUGGCAUUAAAACAAAUGUUUAUUUCUAAUCACAACAAAAUUAUAAUGAAUAAAUGUUCUUGCUUUGUAUGGAAAUACAAUUCUUUAUUAAAGUUAACAGAAAGGAACUGAUCAUUUGUGCCAGUAAAAGAGAGAAACACACAGGUUAAAUGUCUUCUUGUGGGGUUAAGGGGUAGAACCUAUCUUGCCUUCACUCUCAAGAUAACGACUCAAAUUAAGCUUUUUGAGCACCACUCUUGUGGGGACACACAUACGCUGAUCUAGGAAUGAAAUCUUCGUGGUCUCAAUUCUAGAUCCACUUUGCCAGUUUCUCUCUGGCUUUAGCCUUUGAGAACCUGUAUAAGAAUACAUAAGUAAUCCAGAGCUGUGAAGAGUUAAAAGGCCAACUUCUCCAGUGAACUCACCCUCUGGGUCACUUGCAACCAAAAAUUGGAUACCUCAUAAUGAUGCAGGAAAGACCCGAGUUCUUGAUGAGUUCCAAAGGCCACGUUCAUUUAUGAACCAACUCUCUCUGGAUUCACCUGCUGAAUUCCAGCAGCGUGAUGGGCUGACAUCCCACCUACAAGCAUGACACCUGUGUAACACCAGCUAGGUAUGGCUGAGGAAGGCUGAAAGAAAGCCAUUAAAUGGAAGAAUGUACUGAUUGUAGUGACCUUCUCCACACACACACACACACACACACACACACCUAGAGUAAUACAGCAAAUAUGGAAUAAUCAGCCAAUAUAUAACAUUACGUCAGUAUUUUAUUAAAUAAUCUGAAUGUGGUUGAUUUUGACAUCGCUGCAAUUACAAUUUUCUUCUAUUUUUCAAGUCACAAUAAGGAAAAUAAACUACUCAUGGUCUAAAUACCAGAGAUAAAGUAGACUCAUGGCUUGGUAAGGAAAUUUUAAGCAUUUCUUCAAAGAUUGACGUGCAAAAAUAAGUAUUGAUGUUUUGGGUUUUUUUACACCUAGGAUUUUAGCUUGGGUGUGUAGGUGAAGGCCAAGACCCUCUGUAGGAAAAAGCUUAUUUUCAAACUCAGAAAAUAAAAUGUCAAUCAUAAAAAUCUACUUCAACUUUAGCAAAAAGAAAAAAAAAAAAUCAACAAAAAGUAUACUCUGUAUGCUGGGAUUCCGAGGUUCCAACACACCGUUACAAAUCUGUGGGGGGUUUCUUUCUUCUGAUAAUUCUAGAGCCUGUUACCAUAGAAAGGCAUUUCUUCAAUGGCUGGUUGUAGUUAGUUCAUGUUUUUCAAUCAAAUUUGCAAAUGUAUUUGUUGCUGUAUAGUGAUUGUUUUGCAAAAUAAAAUUGCUUGUCACCUAA